AUGGUAGCUCCUGUUCCCAUAAUUUGUAUUCAACUUAGGAAAGCCACACUAAGUUGUAUUAUAUACCAUCUUGGUUAUACCAGUUUCGAUAAUCCAGCGUACGACUGGCCUAUCAUACCUGGCUAUCCCUGUCCGCCGCGAGAGAUCGCCCGCACCAAGUGUUUGGGACCCAAAGACUGCUUAUAUCCCAAUCCCCGCGAUUGCAGUCGUUUUAUACAGUGUAACGACGCCUCCAUC